AUGACAGUAGUGGUCUGCAAGUCUACCUUUGGAAUUGAUGAAACUAUGGCAGUAGUGGUCUGCAAGUCUACCUUUGAAUUGAUGAAAUAUGACAGUAAUUGGUCUGCAAGUCUACCUUUGGAUACAGUAAAGUAUGACAGUAAUUGGUCUGCAAGUCUACCUUUGGAUGCAGUAAACUAUGACAAGUUCAGUGAGGCCCAGGAGUGGGUGUCAACUCAACUUCACUUCAACUUGAACCAAGAUGUCAACCUGUUUGAGACCACCAUUCGGGUGUUGGGUGGUCUACUCUCCACUUAUCACCUCACCAAGGAACAAAUUUUCCUAGAUAAAGCUGUAGACCUGGGAGAUCGACUGGUUGCUGGAUUCAACAGUGGUUCAGAUGUGCCUUAUGCUGAUGUUAAUCUUUACUCUCGGAGAGCCUCCAAACCCAAGUGGGGGCCAGACUCUUCGACUUCAGAAGUCACAACUAUUCAGUUAGAGUUCCGUGAUCUGUCUCGUGUCACAGGGAAUCCAUUGUAUGAGGACAAAGUUAAUUUAGAGAGUGAACACAUCCACAAACUGCCUAAGACUGAGGGUCGUCCAAUAUUCAUCAAUGCUCAGACAGGACAGUGGCCUCACUCUACCAUCACCUUGGGGGCACGAGACUCCUACUAUGAAUACCUGCUACAGUGGAUCCAAACUGGCCGAACCAAAGAUUAUUUGAGAGAUGACUACAAUGAAAGUGUAUCUGGGAUGGAGCACCACUUAGCAGGAAGGACAGAACCCAGUAAUCUGCUUUUCUUUGGAGAACUUCAUGGCAGUAGCAAAAACUUUGUCAACAAGAUGGAUGAGCUGACCUGUUACCUGCCAGGAACUCUUGCACUUGGUGUUCAUUAUGGAAUGCCAAAACACCACAUGAAGUUAGCAGAACAACUGAUGUACACUUGUACUCUAACAUGGCUUCGCCAACCCACCAAUCUUGCUCCAGAAAUUACUUAUUUCAACACACAG